GCGGCAGUAUUUAGCACAGUCCUCAGCCAGUCGCUCAGUCAACCAACAGCUCAAGCACAGCUUUUCAGCACCACAGAAUCGCGGACAGCUCCUCAAUUACAGACAACAUGGUUCUGAUCUGGACACAGUUUGGAGUGAAAACCAAAAAUGUGAAGUGCAAGGUCCGCGUUAUGAACAGGAAUGACAGCUCGGGCUCAUCAGGAGAGACCCAAAAAGACCAAGAGGUGCCUGUACUGCCCAUCAAGCCUGUAGGGAAGGAUUUCUACAAGGUGUUGGGUGUCGAGCCUGAUUCAAACGAAGAUGAGAUCAAGAAGGCAUACAGAAAGAUGGCCCUGAAGUUUCAUCCCGACAAGAAUAGCGAUGCAGAUGCUGAGGAGAAGUUCAAGGAGAUCGCUGAAGCUUAUGAGAUUCUGACCGACCCCAAGAAAAGGGUUAUCUACGAUCAGUUUGGAGAAGAAGGCCUUAAGAACGGAGGUGGGGUGUCCAUGGCAGGCAAGGAGAACAACCCCCAUCACUACAGUUACCACGGCGAUGCCCACGCCACCUUCUCCUCCUUCUUCCAGGGCUCGGACCACUUUGACAUCUUUUUCGGUCCCGACGGUGAGGAGGAGCUAUUCAACCCCUUCAGCCGCUUCACUUUCAGCCAUGUCGGUGGCUACCACUGUAACUACGGACCCAAUGGCGAGAAGCUUCGCCGCGGGCGUCGCCGUCUGCAGGGCGUGGCGGUCGUGCACGACCUCCUGGUGACCCUGGAAGAGGUGUUCCACGGCUGCACCAAGCACAUGAAGAUCACACGCAGCCGCCUGAACCCAGACGGCCGCAGCCUGCGCACGGAGGACAAGGUCCUGAACGUGGUGGUGAAGAAGGGCUGGAAGGAGGGCACCAAGAUCACCUUCCCCAGGGAGGGCGACGAGACACCCAACAACAUACCUGCCGACGUGGCCUUCGUCCUGAAGGACAAGAAACACCCCCACUACAAGAGGGACGGGUCCAACAUCAUCUACACGGCCAAGAUCACCCUCAAAGAAGCUCUAUGUGGAUGCACGGUCAAUGUUCCCACCCUCGACAACAGGACAAUGCCUCUGCCAUGCAGUGACGUCAUCAAGCCGGGAGCCAUCCGGCGGCUAAGGGGAGAGGGGCUACCACACGCUAAGACCCCCUCUACACGCGGUGACCUGGUGGUUGAGUUCCAGGUGGUGUUCCCUGACAGGAUCCCUCCCCAGUCCAAAGAGAUCAUCAAACACAGCCUUGCCGGGUGCUAAUGCGCUAGCAUCCCAUCACGCUAACGCCCACAACAGAUUGACACUGUGUAAGCCAACACAUUCACAGCCUUACCUGGUGCUAUAGGAAUUCAGCACAGCUUCUCCCUGUGGUCGGUUUCCAGGGCGCAGAAGAGGGUCAGAUGGAAAGUUGAAAAAUGUUUCUACAAUAGGCACAAUUCAUAGGCUUAUUUACUUUCUAAGAUGCCACAAGGAGAAAGGUUUACAAUUAAACUGGGGAAUGGACCCCCAGUGUGUCAAGGCAUGUCUACUGAUUAACUUUCCAGCCUUUCUCUUGAAUGAGAAGGGUAGAGGUACUGUUACUGUGUAUACUGCUUGCAUAUAUCAGGAACUUGGUAUGCCAAUCAGGUCAUUUGACUUAAAACAGAAACCUCUGGUAGUUGAUAGUCACGUGACUAAAUGAAACUACCACUAAUGUGGUUGUAUGGUCUUUAUAUGACUGCGGUUUUACAUUGAUUUAUUACAAUAACAAAUAUGUACUUGUGUACAAGAGUGUACUUCUGUACAAACAUAGUUAUAACUUUGUCUCUAAAAGAGAUUCCUCUGUCAAAUGUUCAACUGAAUCAUUUGAAAUGUUUGUAUAUAUUUGUGCUUUAACAUACCGGAUGUUAAUGUAUUAUUCUGAAUUGACAAAUGGACAAAAAUAAAAGCAUGUUAAAGAAAUAAAAAUACCUGAAUCUUAA